UUGCACAUAAUCGGUUUGGACGAUUAUUUUAUCUGGUCUAUUAUUAAGAAUAUAUUUUGUAAUAACCACGUGCUCUAACUUUUCACUAUCUAACAAAAUCUUCUUUUUUCUUUUUUUAUAAAAAAAAUGUAAAUAAAAGAAAACCUAAAUCCCAAAUCCCCAUCCUGUUCGAACUCGAAGCAGACCACCAGACCAAAACCCCCCAAUCGUUCUCUUCCUCCUCGUCUCAGAUUGAAGGCUCCCUCCGAUCAAAACACCAGAGAUCACAGUACUUCGUCUAGUCUCUCCCUACCAAUUGAAACGUGACUACCCAAAUUGAAUGCCAAAACUUAACCUAAAACAAAUUCCAAACUCAAAUACCAAUUAUUGAGACUCUCAAACCAUGAGCGUCGAACCUUUCAACAGGUUGGUGAAGCUUGCGGCGAGAGCUUUCUACGAUGAUAUAACUACAAAAGGGGAUAAUCAACCCAAAAAUGGUCGGAGUGACAAUAGGGGAAUCGCUGUGGUGGUACUCGAUGCCCUAACAAGACGACAAUGGGUUCGAGAAGAAGAUUUGGCGAAGGAUUUAAAGCUGCACUCGAAGCAGCUUCGAAGAACUUUGCGGUUUUUUGAAGAAGAAAAGUUGGUUACCCGGGAUCAUAGAAGAGAGACAGCUAAGGGGGCAAAGAUUUUUAGUGCUGCAGUAGCUGCAACUGUGGAUGGACAUACAAAGGAGGGGGAUGAGAAGAUUAAAAUGCACACUCAUUCUUACUGCUGUCUGGACUAUGCACAGAUAUAUGAUGUGGUUAGGUACAGACUGCAUCGUAUGAAGAAAAAAUUGAAAGAUGAAUUGGAGGACAAGAACACAGUUCAGGAAUAUAUAUGCCCCAGCCCCACUUGCAAUAGAAGGUACACUGCGUUGGAUGCCUUGCGGUUGUAUUCUAUGGUAGAUGAGUAUUUUCACUGCGAAAUGUGUAAUACGGAACUUGUGGCUGAUAGUGAUAAGUUUGUUGCUCAAGAAGGAGGAGAUGGAGAUGACAACGCAAGGAGGCGAAGGCGUGAAAAGAUUAAGGACAUGCUCCAAAAGAUGGAGGUACAACUUAAACCAUUAAUGGAUCAACUUGCAAGAGUAAAAGACUUGGCUGUUCCUGAGUUUGGAACUCUUCUAGCCUGGGAAUUAAGAGCAAGUGCUGCUGCACGUGCAGCAAAUGGUGACGCCAAUGGUAAUGAUCCUUCCAAAUCAUCCCAGAAUGGUUAUGGGGGACCACCAAUGCCCUUUUUUGGAGAAACCAAGGUGGAAGUUGCGUUUUCUGGAACUGAGGGCCAGGAAGAUAAAAAAUCUGAAGUUGAUCAUACAAGUCUAAAAGUUUUACCGCCGUGGAUGAUCAAGCAAGGGAUGAAUCUUACAAAAGAACAACGUGGAGGAGAGGUCAAGCAAGAGGCAAAGAUGGAUGGAGGCGUGUCAACUACAGAGACCUCAGAGGAUAAAAAAUCUAUUACUGAAAAUGAUGAUAAGAAAAAUCUCCAGGAUGAAUAUGUUAAAGCUUAUUAUGCUGCUCUACUAGAAAAGCAGAAAGAACUAGAAGCAGCCACGAAACAAGAGGAAUUGUCAAACGCUCAAAUGCUCGAUGGAGAAGCCAGUACAUCCUCUAGUCGUCAGGUAGGAAUGAAGUCGAAAAGGGUUGAAGAUGAAGGCGAGGAAGAUGUUGAAUGGGAAGAAGCGGCCCCAGUUGCUGCAGGAAAUGCAAAUGAACCUUACAAGGUGGAUUUGAAUGUUGAAGCUGAUGCUACCGCAGAUAAUGAAGAGGACGAUGACGACGAUGUGGACUGGGAGGAAGGUUGAUUUAUUUUCUUCCUCUCAUCUUUCGAUGUGUCAUAACUGCCAUAUUCAGAUAUCAAAGGUUGGAAUGGAAUUGGUGUGUCUUUUUAGUGUUACAAAAUGCGUUGUCUGCGGAGUCCAUUAGAUUCUGUUUAUACAGAUGAACCGUUUCUUCUUCUUUGUAUAAUAUACUGAUUUUUCUAUUUAGUCUAUACGUGUACUGUUUCUUCUUGUUGUAUAAUAUACUGAAUUUCAUAUCA